AUGGACGAGUGGCUCCAGCCGACGCGGCUCAUCGAUUGCGGCCACCCCAAGGUCGUGGCGGCGGCGGCGACCGCAACUGAGGGCGCGGGCGACGACGUUCAAAAGGCCCUGCUGCUCUAUUUUUUCGUGCGGGACGCGAUAAAGUUUGGAAUACCCGCCAAGUUUGACAACCUGAAGGCCAGCGAGGUCCUCUCCCUGGGCUACGGCUUUUGCAACCCCAAGGCCACGCUCUUCGUGGCGCUGCUGCGCGCCGCGCGCAUCCCCGCGAGGAUCCACAUGGUGUCCAUCAACAUGGCCGUCAACGCAGGCUAUGGCAUGCCGGACAACGUCUACGGGGACCAUGCCUACACAGAGGUUUUCCUGGACAGUCAGUGGGUCAAGCUGGACUCUUAUGUGGUGGACGCACCCCUGUUCGCCGCCGCCCAGUCCAAGAUCAAACAGCUGGGCUGGGUCCAAGGUUACGGCGUGCACUCCAAGGGCGUCAACGACUGGGACGGCCUCUCCGACUCCUUCUGUCAAUACGUUGGGGUCCGCGCUGCCGCAGAGGCGCCGCGCGGCGCGCAAGAGGCCCACCGAGUGGCAGGGGAGCUGCGGCACCAGGGCAAGGCAGGGGUGCACCGCGACAUGCCGCAGAGCGACGCAGAUUUCGGCGUGGUCCAAGACCUGGACGACUUCACGGCCCGCGUGGUCGGGUCGCCCUUCGCGCUGCUUCGCACCGUGAAGUUCCGGGUGCCGUUCUUCUUCCUAUCCGCCCUGGUCAACCGCAGGAUCCAGGCGGUGCGGAGCGGCAAGUAG